UCUGCAACAGCUGACGUAAGUUGAACAGCAGAUAGAAGUGAAGUGGCGUAAGAAGAGGAGGAAAAUCCCGGAUAGCCUGCCUGCUUAUUAUUAUGUACAGUUGCUUUCAGCACCACCGUGUUUGAUACUUGCAAACGUGACAUUUUAAUUUUUGAGAAAGCCAGCAGAAAUGAAUUCUUCCAGAAGGAACGAACAUGACUGGCAAGGUUUGGUGAGCGAGUUCCUGGUCUGCAAGCGCAAGCUGGAGAGCAAGAAGGAGGCCCUGCUCAUCCUGUCCAAGGAGCUAGACUGCUGCCAGCAGGAGCGAGACCAGUACAAGCUGAUGGCCAACCAGCUGAGGGAGCGCCACCAGGGCCUGAAGAAGAAGUACCGGGAGCUCAUCGAUGGGGACCCCAGUUUACCCCCUGAAAAACGAAAUCAGGUGAACCUGGCCCAGCUGUUGAGAGAUUCCCGGGAGAGGGGUAAACAGCUCGCGGAGGAGAUGAAGGAACUGAAUCAGCGGCUGGCGGAGGCCCAGGGGGAUAACAAGCUGCUCAGGAUGACCAUCGCCAGGCAGAGGCUGGGGGACGAGGAGGUCGGGGCCCGACACUUCCCGGCCCAUGAGCGUGAGGACCUGGUGCGGCAACUGGAGUGGGCGCGCGUAAUGAACGAGGAGCUGGAAAACCUUCUGAAGGCGUCGAGCGACGAGCUGCAGGAUGUGAAAGCUGAGCGGAGCGUGUUCCAGGAGAAAGCCAACCGCCUCAACCAGGAGCUCAACCACAUCCUGGGCGGUCACGAGAACCGCAUCAUCGACGUGGACGCCCUCUGCAUGGAGAACAGAUACCUACAUGAGAGAUUUAAGCAACUCCAAGAAGAGGUCAGCCUGCUGAAAGUGAACAUCAUGAAGUACAAGAAUGCUCUGGAGCGGAGGAGGAACUCGAAAACGUGCAGUAAAUCUAAAAGCAGCAGUCUCACGGGAGUGCUCUCCGCCAGACAAGUACAUGAGCUGCUGGCUGAAGAGAGUGGGUGUGGUCUCCCCGCCACGCCUCAGUCAGUCUCAGACCUGAAAUCGCUGGCCACCGCCCUGCUGGAGACCAUCCAUGAGAAGAACAUCAUCAUACAGCACCAGCGCCAGACCAACAAGAUCCUGGGAAACAGAGUCUCUGAAUUGGAGAAGAAGCUGAAGACCUUGGAGGUGUCUGGAUUCUGGAGUCUUCCAGGCCUGACCUACAAUGUGUCCCUGGGAUUAGGGAGAGGACGAGACGCCAUUAGCCUGAAUGAGAGCCAGCACCCCCGGUCUCCUCUGCUGGGGCUCACGCAGCAGCCAGCGCAACCGCGAGCACAGCCACCCAAAGAUGACAGGACAGGAAGUAAGGAAGCUCCGGCAUGGGAAUAUGGCACAGCUGGCAAAGACGGCCACCCAAAAGUGUGGCCCAGCUCCCAAGCUGGUCCAGAUGGCAGCAGUGGGGGAGGCGCACCUGUUUGUUUGGACGCCUCCGAGCGCGGUGCCAGAGAGGGGGCGGAGCUGACAGAGGAGGAGGCGGAGAUGGAACAGAGGGACGCGGCGGUUGUGAAGCUGACUGAGGAGCAGGCCGGCGCUGAGCUGAUAAGUCCAAAGGAGGAGCGGGAAGAAGAGGCAGCCACUGCCCCUGGCAGUGCCCCCACUAAGCCUGAAUCCCUCAUAGAUAGCCCCUUAGAACACUCUGAGUCUCAAGCUCCUCCCACUGUUUCAGGCCCCGCCCCAAAGGAGGGGCCUCCUCCAUGCCACGCUCAGGAGGAGGAGGAGGACCAUCCUGAAACCUCUGGCCGUCUAUCUGUACUGUGUUCCCAGGCCACCAGCCCCACCCACACUGAGGAGUCGGGGCCUGACGGCACUGUGGAGGAGAACGACAACUACUUCCGUGAAAGCCUUGCGUAGUUUCUGCCCUGAUCUCCCUGGUAAUGAAGACAUAGAGAGGUUCACACAGCACACAGAAAGACGGGGAGGACGAGGGAGACACCACGCUGCCUUGGGCUCCUGCUGCAAAACGUGCUUUAUCUGCGCCGUUUGCUUUGUACUUGUUUUACACGUGUUCCGCGUGUCUUCACCAAACAUUUACCUUCGGGAAAAUAAAGAGACAGGGUCUCCCAGAUCCCUGGUCUCUGCAGGUUUUCCUCCUGCGUUGCCUGUGAAUGUACCUGCCUGUGAAGCACACACAUGCCCUUGGAAAGAUUGAUGAAUGGAUGAGGAGGGUGUAUGAACUGUGCAGUGAGCAGAUAUAUUUUCGGAUUGUUCCCAAAUAGACUCUCUGCACGCGACUGUUCAUGAGAGACUACCCAGGAACUCGGUAAACCCCUAGGAACUAGGAAAUGAUUUGCAAAUAUAAAAUUAAUUUAUGGCUGUACUAGCUUAUUUAUUAUUUAUGGAUAUGGUAUAUUGCUAAUGAUCAAGCUGAUAGAAGUGUACUUGAAGCAUAAGGCGGAAAUUGCCCUAGUGGGACGUUGGUAAACUAGCCGUUUCUAAAUGGCUCUGUUUCUUAAACUGAGCUGUUAUUUUUGUUCAUUGUGCAUCUCUCUUUGGGUACAGGCUCCCGUGCUCUGCCCUGUGUGGUUUGCUGACUGCACACAGGGCUUCAGAAAACAUGGCACAUGCCAAAGUCCAAAGGCUGGCAUGGUAGCGUGGCAGCAACCUCUCGUGAUGCCGUUGCACAACAUUUGUCCAUUCAUCCAGCCAUUUUGUGACCCGCUUAUUCCUCGUCAGGGUCACAGGGGGGGCUGGAGCCUAUCCCAGCAUGCAUUUGACGAGAGGCAGGAAUGUAGGCAGAAAUGCGCCCUGGACAGGUCGCCAGUCCAUCACAGUGUGAUUUAGAGUCUCCAUUUAGCUUAACGUUUGUUUUAACUUAACAUGUGAUAUUUUGAUCUUUCGCAUUACGCUCACCACGGCAACAACAGAUCGCCAGACAGACCGUUUGAUUUCUGUAGAUCGGUCUCACUGCCAAAACCAUAAGAGUGUUUUACUCUGGGGGUGUGAAUUACUUUAAAUGAGAUCUUCCUGGGAGUUUGUACUGUAAACGGAGCGAGCUUCUUGGAUUCUAGCUCUCACCCCAUCCCUGAGACUCAAACCCGUCGUGCCAGCUGGCCUCCCUGAGAAGAAAAAAAAAAAAGCACGGUGCCAAAAUUUAUAAAACUGCUUAUUUUGCAGAAUGCCGUUUUCUAUUUUUACUCCACAACAGCGUUCAGGGGAUUCAGUGCACGGAUCCCUGCUGCCCCGCAGCUGAUCUGGCAGAUUGGCGCGAUGCUCGAGGAAUGAGACGGCUUCAUAAAAUAGAUGGAAUUUCUACCAAAGAAACCGAAGCGUUGUGCUGUGGCAGCGCGGCCUUUAUAGAAGCAUUAAACCAGUGUACCAGCUCGCGGUGGCACCUGAUAAUCGCAGUCGUUGCCGGGCCUGUGUUUCGUGAAAUAACUGUUGACGGAAGUAACAUUUCUUCUCUCUUCCCCUCAGUGUGGUGCUGAGCGCUAACUGAAUAAAUCGAAUAAAGUUUGAAGGGGUUUCCAUGGUAGACGACAAAAUGCAUCGCAACUUGGGAUUGAGGAAGUUGAACAGUUUCGGCUCCUGCUGAGAGGGUGAAACGAAGGCUUUGUCUGGGCGCUAGAUGGAUUGAAGUCGACGAUUCACUUUUCAUCCCCUUCUCUUGCAGAUUGCCUGGCGCUGUCUGUCAUUUGGCACAGUGGGAGAGCAGAUCUUCCUGCUACAUCUUCUGCCUCUUGCCCGAUUAGACAGAGAGCUGCGCAUUUGCAAAAGGCCAGGCACCGUUCAAUUAAACGUGAGGGUGCCUGGGUGAGAUCUCAUUCCCCGGUGAUUGAUCGAACUCUGCCUUUUGGACACCGCACUUUCUUGCCAGAGAAGAAUUUCAUUCCAGUUCUUGAUGGUGUCGGGCGGUUUAGUGACAUCCUGUGGUUCUUGACCACGUUUCUGAUGCAGGUCUGGCUGGAGUCCGGCAGAUUCCGGCUUCUGUUCGCAGCUGUUGGGCCCUCGUGUGAACAGAAAAUACAGUAUCCUCCACUGGAAUUGUGGGAAAAAUGAGGCCACAGUCACUGUUGCCCUUGCCUGGGCCCAUCUGAGUAAUUUUGUUUUUCAUACCCGUAUCUUAGCAGCAGUGUGUGCCGAUUGCUGAUUGGCUGCGUGGGUCAGGGUAUGCUGGGAGGGUCCGCGGGACAGAGCCCUCUCUGCUUAGUGACAGACACAGUCAUCUGACUCCGGGAGCCAGAGGGGGGUGUAAUUAGGGGCACCGCUGGGGGAAAUCGCUCAUCUGCUGAUUUUAAUCAAACUCCAGAGGAGCCGAGUUUGGUGUGCCAGCCUGGGGUCGCGGCGGGGGGCCUAGUCAGCGUGUCGCCUGCACGUCGCAAUCCCGGCCACACCGGCGGCCGAGGACACAGAGCGGCGCGCUGUCCCCGGCGGUCGUGACGGGGAUCCAUUUUAGGGCCCGUCGUCUCGGGGAGGGGCUGGCGGGAAGCAGCCAUUUUGCACACAUUCCUGCGUCAGGUUACUUACUUCAGCAGCGCCCCUGAUGGAUCUGUCAGACAUGAAACCACUUCACCUGUGCGAAUCUGUGCGGUCCGAAUGCAGUCAGUCAUUUUCGGGAGAUUUGAAAUUUGAAAGUCUUCGAGCCCCGAAGGUCCGUCUUCCUGUUAGAAAAGUGUAACUUUUUUUUUUACUUUGGUUGACAGGUCUAUAAUUCAGAACUGGAAAAUAACACUGAACGCUCAGUAAAGCGUAAUGCCCUUGUCUUGUAGAGCAUUUGACUCCUUGUUUCAUUCCUCUCAUGCAUUGAUUAACAAGAUAUGUGCAGAAGUAGUGCACCAUAUUUCACAGUGGCAGGACCCUAGCUUUUGUUCUGUUCUGAUUGCAUUAAAUUGGCAAUAUAAGUUAAACUAUUAUUAUUAUUAUUAUUAUUAUUAAUUAUGAAACUGCAGAUAAUAUUUAAUGUAUUGUCUGUUGCUUUAUUGUUAAGCAAUGAUAGUGUUUGUAUAAUAAACGGGCAUAAUAAAAAUACAAUAUACUGUUCCUUCCUUUGGCUGCUGAUCUGCAGCUCUCCUCAUACACACAUUUAGAUGUCUAUAUGAGGGUGAUAAUGCUUUCAUUUGGAUUGGCCCCUUUGCACAAGUAAUUUCUUUUGGUCAUCUGGAUUGCUACGUGGCUGAGCAUCUCCCUUUCUCUUAUACUGUUCCGGUGAUACGGAGUUGUGCCUCUUUGAGUUAUUUAUUGCCUAUAAUUAUACUUGUUGUGUUUCCACAAGGGCAAAUCCUGUGCAAACCGUUGGUGGAACAGAAGGGUCAGUGCACUUUAUGUCAUUAUUUAUUUUCCAUUUGAUUUGUUUAUGCAUUUGGAAUUGAGGUGGAGAAUAUGUGAAUAGUUAUGCAAAUAAAGCGCAUAAAUCACAUUGUUGUAUGCUACUGAAUACACUCCUGCGCAAAGGGGAGACACCCAGUCAACUUUGUUUUUUUUAUUUCUGCUGUUAUGUGUUCCUGGAACGUACAGUGGAGCAGGUCACAAGAAGACUGGGAAUAUUUUCUAUGCCAUUGUUGAAUGAAUAUUGUGACAUUUAGCUGGUGAUGUCACCGUUGAAAAGAGAUACACUUGUCAAGCCCAGAUAAGCGUGGAGGCUAUGCUGGAUGUCUGCAGAAGCUGGGCUUUACAGUCAGAUCUCUAUUAAGAUAGUUGAUUAUGGGCUGGCCUGAUAACAGGGGACGAGAGCACUGAUAUCUAAAGUGUAACAGAAGUAACGGACUCCAUGCAGUUCUAAUGUGAAAGCGCUCUAGAAGGGCGGGGAAUUGCCCAACCUGGCAGAGUGUGCGCUGUUACAAAUGUAAAUACGGAUAUUCGGCAUCCAUUUCAAGCUCAAGACUUUGCUCAUGCAAACGCACGGGGCCACGUUCAGGCACAAAGCUGCUCAAAAACGCUGGAAACGAGGCCUUGCACUUUACAGGAGAAAGAACUGCGGCUCUCACUUUGUCUCCUAAUAGCUUUUCCUCCUCGAAUAAAAGCGUGCCCUGCUGGGAAGACCCCUCCGGAGUGACAGUUGGUCGCUUCAGUGGCCCGGCAGGGUUUGACUUCUCUAGUCCUGGAGGGCCCGCUACCUGUGGGGCUUCAAUCUCAAUUACUGCUGCCUGUGAUUAAGACCCGGAAAAUCACAGCUUUUCACCUCUUAAUCAACUGACAAGGCCCGAGGUAGAAGGAAAACCAGGAACUAAUGAAGGACCGGAAUCAGUCAGCCUUAGUCUGAGAGCCAAUAAAUGCACCAGCAGGUGCGGUCCAGAUAGAAGUGGCCACAGAAAUAUUGAAGGUGAGAGUAAGGCUGGCAUGAAGCACUUUGUAUGCCCGAUGGGGGGGCAAGAAAAUCCUCAUUUAAAGUUUAGACAUUUCUGCCACUCUUUCCUUCUGUCCAGAUCUUGUCAGCAGUGACCUUUAGCAGCUCCAGAUGUGGCUGACUUGAUGAAUGAGCCAUGGAUGUAAAUAAUGUUCCCAUUUUACGGAAGAAUACAGUACUCAUUCCUUGUUAUUUUAUGUGUUAUGUGAUGGUUUUAUUAAAUCCUUGCACCCUG